AAAAAGACGUGCAAUCCUACUACCUUCUCCAACUAGGGCGCUGCUCAGUCCUCUGCUUUUUCAGGCCUCUGCGGUUUCUCCUGGGGCAGGCUUCAGCACCUUGGUUGCUGGAGGGCUGGGCCGGAAUCAGCUCCUUGACUUACCCUCCUCCGCCUGCAGCACCUCCGCCUCUGCAAAAAUGCAAAAUUUGCUUUUCUCUUGGAAGAGCGUGUGCCCAAGAGUUUGAGGAUGCAGAGUUGGAGUGUUCUUGGCUGACACCAUGGAAGGGGAAAAGAAGUCAAAGGUUAAAAAGGAAGACAGAAAGGCUGAAGAGGUUUAGAACAGAGAAUUCCCUUCCCCCAGGUGGAAUAAACUUCUAAUUCACUCUGCUAAGGCUCCACACACGAGAACAUGAUAGGGAACCUGGUAGGGUUCCUGAAAGAAAAACUCAUGAAAAUGUGUGGAACCUUCUAUGACUGCAGCCCCAAGGAUUUUCUCACUCUCAUGUUAGUUCACAUUCAGCCUCCAGCAAUUCACUAAAUUUAUUGGUGAAUAAGUGGUCUUACUGCUUAUAGCAUCCAGAUGCUUCUGUUCCAACUGUUCCAGAUUUGUCAGUAAAAAUAUUUGGGUUGCCUCUUCCUUCUGCCGCUCCCAGUGCUGCUUGUGUGCUCAUUGGGUGUGGACCUGAUAACUUUUUUGUGAAGCCACAGCUGAGGAGACUCCAGCGCUCGCCAUGGCUGACAAAAAGCCCAAGGAAGGUGUCAAGACUAGGAGCAAUGACCAUAUUAAUUUGAAGGUGGCAGGGCAGGAUGAUUCUGUGGUACAGUUUAAGAUUAAGAGGCAUACACCACUUAGUAAACUAAUGAAAGCCUAUUGUGAACGACAGGGUCUGUCAAUGAGGCAGAUCAGGUUUCUAUUUGAUGGGCAGCCAAUCAAUGAAACAGACACACCUGCACAGUUGGAAAUGGAGGAUGAAGAUACAAUUGAUGUGUUCCAGCAGCAGACAGGAGGUGUCUACUAAUAAUGGAACCUGCUACUUUACCCCAGAAUUCUGUCCUUCCAGAUCAAGAAGACAUUCUCAAUUAGAAAACCGCAAUUUGGUUCCACCACAGCCUUACUACGGUAUAGUUUUCUCUAGUAUUUCAUUUUCCCCUUCCCUGUUCAUUUACUGGACAUAAAAGUAACUGUGUAUGUGCACAAGCAUAUUGCAUUUUUUUAACUAAUUGGCCAAUAGUAUGUUUUUAUUGACAUCAAAUGGAGAUGGGAAGGGCAAAUACCCCAUUUCUGUGAAAAUGCUCCUUUUCUCCACUAGUGGCGUGUUCAUUCAGCUCUUUAUAUUCCAGUAAGUUGUUUUGCUCUCACUGCUUAACAAAACAAAGAGCAACAUAAAAACCCUUGCAUACCUUGUUAGAUUGGAGAAUUUUAAUGUUUUUCAUUUAUGAUUGAAAAACUAAGUUUAUAAUUUUUUGUACAUAGCUGUUACAUAUAGGGCAAUCUGUCUUUAGGUAGGGAUAAAACUGAAUCCUAGAUAGCUUUCCUUUCAAGUAAAAUGUCUUGUUGUUUAAAUAAACUCCGUGUUUAAAAUGAAAAAAAAAAUAACAAUUGGGUUGCUCUUAUCUUUAUUGAUUUGUAGUUCUGUAUAAUUCUGAAUCUAAGUCCUUUCUCAGAUACAGGUAUUGAAAAUAUUUUCUCCCAUUCUGUGACCUGCCUUUCACUCUCUUAAUAACUUCUUAAUUUUAAUAAAGUGGAAUCUAUUUUUUUUUGUUUAGGGUUAGUGUUUUUUGUGUCCUUGCUAAGGAAUGCUUGACUAUAUCAAGGUCAUUAAGACAUUAUCCUAUGUAUCUUAAAUAACUUUCAUUUGUUUCACCUUCCACUUUUAAUCUAUGAUCCAUUUGGAAUUGAAUUUUGCAUAUAGUUUGAAAUUGAUGCAAAGGAUUAUUUGGAUUUAUUGGCUAACCCAGGUAAUCCAGAGCCACUUACCAAAAGGACCAUUUUCUCCCCUGCUGCAUUAUAAUGGACUGUUUUUAUCAUAAAUGACAGUAUACAUAUAGAUCUCUUUUCAGACUCUACCACUGUUCAGUUUUUAUAUAUUUGCAAAAAUCACACAUUGGUUAAAUUGUUAUAGCUUUGUAAAGUAAUUUGAUUUCUGUAAAUCAUCAAAUUUUGUUUUUCUACAAGAUUUUAAUUGCUGUUAUUGCCAUUUGCAAUUCUAUGUACAAUUUAGAAUCCACUUGUCAAUUUCCAUUUUAAAAAGCCUACUGGGAUUAUUAUUUUGUAUUGGAAAUUGAGUUAUAGAAAAUAAACAUCUUUAAAAUAUAGAGUUUUCUAAUUGGUGGCCAGUGUACAAUUCUCUUUUUAUUUAGGUCUAUGUUAAUUUCUCUCAAUGUUUUUGUACUUUUCUUUGUAGAAGUAUUGCAAUCUUUUGUUAAUUUUAUCCCUCAAUAUUUGAUAAUUUUUUAAAAUAAUGCCAGUGGCAUUAUUUUUCAUUUUAUUUUCUGCUUGUCAUUAAUGUAUAGAAAUACAAAUCAUUUUUGUAUAUUAUGAUGGUUAAUUUUAUGUGUUAAGUUGACUGGAUCAACGUGUGCUUAGAUAUUUCACUAAACAUUAUUUCUGGGUGUCUGUGAGGGUAUUUCUGGAUGAAAUUAGUAUUUGAAUAGGUGGACCAAAAAAGUAGUUUGCCCUCCAUAGUGUGGAUUGGCAUCAUCCUAUCUGUGGAGGGGCUGAAUAAAACAAAAAGGCAAAGGAAGAAUUGAGCCCUUCCUACCUGAUUGCUUGAGCCAGGAUAUCAAUCUUUUCCUGCUGGCCUUGAUCCUCAUUCUCAGGCCUUCAGACUGACUGAAUUACACCACUGGCUCUCCUGGAUCUCCAGCCUGCAGAUGGCAAAUUGUGGAACUUCACAACCUCCCUAAUUGUGUAAGCCAAUUCGUCAUAAUAAAUCCUUUCCUAAAUAUA